AUGCAAUACUCCAUCGUGAAAACCUCGAAAUCAGCAAAUGGAGACCGAAACGACGCCGCUGUGACGACUCUGAAGCAGCUCGCCGCCUCCGUUUGCUGGAAUUUCAGCUUUCACGGCCACCUUUGCCGCAGCAUUAUCGUCCGAUUCUUUUACAAGAGGCCACCAGAUGGCCUGCUCGAACUCUCUGAUAGGGUUUAUGUUUUUGACUCUUGUUUCUCGACCGAAGUGCUCCCUGAUGGAAUAUACCAGCUUUAUUUGCACGAAAUCAUCACCGAGCUGCAUGAAGAGUUUCCAGAUUCCUCGUUUCUAGCAUUUAACUUCCGAGAAGGUGAGAGAAGGAGCCAGUUUGCUGAGAUACUGUGCGAAUAUGAUGUCACGGUUAUGGAUUACCCGAGGCAGUACGAGGGGUGCCCUUUAUUGCCUCUAUCUCUAAUCCACCAUUUUCUUCGGGUUAGCGAGAGCUGGCUUUCUCUUGGGAAUUGCCAGAAUGUGGUCUUGCUCCAUUGUGAAAGAGGGGGCUGGCCACUGCUUGCAUUUGUAUUGUCCAGCUUCUUGGUGUUCAGGAAGUUGCAAAGUGGCGAGAAAAAGUGCCUUGAAAUGGUCUACCGUGAAGGCCCAAGAGGCUUGCUGCAGUUACUUUCGCCUUUAAACCCGUUUCCAUCUCAGCUUCGGUAUCUGCAGUAUAUAUCACGAAGGAAUAUAUCUCCAGAGUGGCCUCCUCCAGAGAGGCCCCUGUCAUUGGACUGUCUUAUUCUCCGCGCAAUUCCAAGGUUUGAUAAUCAGAAAGGGUGCAGGCCCCUUGUACGCAUUUUUGGUAGAAAUCUCCUCAGUAAGGAUGGGUUGUCAACCCAAAUGCUGUAUUCCAUGCAUAAGAAGGGUAGACAUGUCCGUCAUUAUCGCCAAAAGGACUGUGAUGUGAUAAAGAUCGACAUACAGUGUUUGGUGCAAGGAGAUGUGGUGCUUGAGUGUGUCCAUCUGGACUUGGAUCCAGAAAGGGAAGUCAUGAUGUUCCGCAUAAUGUUCAACACGGCUUUUAUCCGGUCUAAUAUUUUAAUGCUCAACUGUGAAAACUUGGAUAUCCUUUGGGACUCGAAGGCUCGGUUUCCCAAAGGCUUUCGAGCUGAGGUGCUCUUUGGGGAUGUCGAGAGCACUUCACCUGCCAAAAACCACACAUCCAUGUUAAACUGCGAGGAGAAAGGUGGACUCCCCAUUGAAGCUUUUUCCCGGGUGCAGGAACUUUUUAAUGGUGUGGAUUGGAUCGAUACUGGUGAUGAUGCUGCUUUAUGGUUACUCAAACAAUUGUCGGUUUUGAAUGACGUCAAAGACUUGACAAUGUUGCGGAGGAUGAGUGGCUACGGGUCGCCUAUCGACUCAGAGGAGGAAAACAACUCAUCUAGCAUUGCCGACAGUCUCGAUUUUCUGGACUCGGAGAAGGCCAGUGUGCCGGAGUUUUUGCUGGAUGACCGUUCAUCAGUGGAUUCUAUAUUAGAGGAAGUUUCAGAUCUCAGACCUUCUGUAGACUCGGUGAAGCCAAUACCGACAACCAUGAAUGAUCCCAACCAGUCUGUGAUGGAUAGUGAUACCCAGUCGGAUUCUCUUGCUUUAUCUGAAUCAUUGAAAGAAAUGAAAAUUUCAGCUAAUACUCCGCCCUCCUUGCAGCCAGCAAUACAACCAUCUGAUUCCACUACCUCUCAAUCAAAAUCACCACCUCCCACAUCUGAUUUAAACAACUCUUUACCUAUUGUUCCACCCGUAACUACUCUGACUCUGGUUUCUAAUGAAAGAUCUUCUCACCCACCUCUAAUGGACCGUGAGGAAGGGCUUUCUUUCUCUUCUAUCAAUGAUUCCAGUAACACACAAUCAAUUUCAACUCCUUCUCCUCCAGUUAUUCCUAGUAAUGUUCCUCCUCCUCCCCCACCUCCACCACCGCCUCGUAAAAAUUGUAAUGUACCUCCACUAUCACCUCCUGAACCGCCUGUUGGUUCUGAAGGCAGUGCACAAGUAAGUGGUCCCUCUUCUCAUCCUCCACCACCACCUACACCACCUCCCCCCUCGCUUCCAGUGACUCCUGCUCCACCACCGCCUCCACCGCCUGCCGGACGAGGUGCGGCUCCUGCUCCACCACCGCCUCCACCGCCUGCCGGACGAGGUGCAGCUCCUGCUCCACCACCGCCUCCACCGCCUGCCGGACGAGGUGCGACUCCUGCUCCACCACCACUUCCACCAGGUCUUGGUUCAAAACCAGCUGCACCCCCACUGCCACCUGGCCGUGGAUCGGGGCCUGCUCCGCCUGCACCUCCUGGUAGUAAGGGCUCCCAUGUUCCUCCACCUCCAUCUCUUGGGAGAGGGAGAGGUUUGUCUUCAGCACGAGGAAGAGGCUCAACUGGUUCUUCGAUCCCCCCUAAGAAAACACCACUGAAGCCAUUGCAUUGGGUGAAAGUCACUCGAGCUAUGCAAGGGAGUUUGUGGGCUGACACUCAUAAACAGGAAAGUCAAUCAAGGCCACCUGAAAUCGAUAUAUCCGAGCUUGAGAGUCUUUUCUCGGUGGCUUCGGCAUCAGAUAGCAAAAAUAAGGGUGGGGGCCACCGUGGUUCUAAAAUUAACAAGCCAGAGAAAAUUGAUUUGCGCAGAGCCUAUAAUUGUGAAAUUAUGCUCACCAAAAUCAAGAUUCCCCUACCAGAUAUGAUUAGUGCCAUCUUGGCUUUGGAUUCUUCUGCGCUGGACAUUGAUCAAGUUGAGAAUCUUAUAAAAUUCUGCCCUACUAAAGAAGAGAUGGAAACACUGAAGAACUACAAUGGCGACAAGGAGAUGCUAGGAAAGUGUGAACAGUUUUUCUUGGAACUUAUGAAAGUCCCUCGAGUCGAAUCCAAAUUGAGAGUAUUUGCCUUUACAAUAACUUUUGCCAGCCAGGUUGAAGAUCUUAAGCGGAACCUGAACACAAUUAACGAUGCUUCUCAAGAGGUUAAGGAGUCAUCAAAAUUGCGGCAAAUUAUGCAGACAAUUCUUACUCUGGGAAAUGCAUUAAAUCAGGGCACUGCUCGAGGGUCUGCCGUGGGAUUUAAGUUGGAUAGUCUCCUCAAACUUUCUGAUACUCGUGCAAGAAACAACAAGAUGACCUUAAUGCAUUACCUUUGUAAGAUUCUAGCUGAGAAAAUGCCAGAGUUGCUAGACUUCACUAAGGACCUCAUACAUUUAGAACCAGCCUCUAAGAUACAACUGAAAUCUUUGGCUGAAGAAAUGCAAGCAGUUAGCAAAGGCCUUGAAAAGGUUGAGCAAGAACUCACUGCAGCAGAGAAUGAUGGUGCUGUGUCCUCAGGCUUUCGGAAGGUCUUGAAAAGUUUCCUCCACACUGCUGAGGCUGAAGUGAGGUCGCUUAUCACCCUUUACACGGAAGUGGGAAGAAAUGCAGACUCACUUUCACAGUAUUUUGGUGAAGAUCCAGCAAGAUGUCCCUUUGAGCAAGUGACACAAACAUUAGUAGUCUUCACUAAGAUGUUUAACAAGGCUCACGACGAAAAUGAGCAGCAGGCUGAUGCUGAAAAGAAGAAAUUGGAAAAGGAAGCUCUCAAGGAACAACAAGUUGCUGCUAAUUCCCCUGCACGUAAAGAUGGGGUCGAUGCCCUUCGUGCGAAACUCAACUCUCGUAAUCAGAAAACCGCUUCUUGAUCGAUAGUGAAAAAGUCCCACACCAAAAAGACUUAUUAGAGUUAAAAUGAUUAUCGACUUGAAAAAAAGCUAGUCGAUAUGCAUAUAUCCAGGUGAAGAUGAUUUUGGCAUGUUCGACAAAAAUGUACAGAAGGCUGUACAUGGAAACACCUAUAAGGAUAUGAAGAAAAUUUUGGAGACAACCCGAAUUUGUUUGGAUUCACUCGGUCCAAAUUAAGCCACCACGCACGAGUAUAUUAUUCAUUUUAGCUGUACAUAAAUGUAUCCAUUAUCUGUUAAGAAAAUGUAUUCAGCUCAGACCUUGUUAUUAAUUGGAAGAAGCGUGUUUUGUUUGCGGAAAGGUGCUAGUUUCUAGUCCCUCGCAUUUGAAAGUAACGCUAUUUUGGUACUUGGUUACCAAUGUAUGUGUGCUUGUGCUGUGGAAAUUUUUUUAUUUUAUUUGGUGGGAUAAGAUUUAAUGAUUUAUCUCAUUGUACUUGGAAAUGGAAAAAAAUUUAUCUCA